AUGAUCGAAAAAUACGAUAAAACGAAGAUAAUAACUUCAACGUACGAUGGUAAAGGAAUUAAUAGUCAUGUACAACAUGUACAUUGGAGUGAGAUGGAUAAAGUGAUUGAGAAGCAUUGGAAUAGGAACAAUGAAAUAAUCAAGAAACAUAAUAAGGAAAGGAAAGGAUUACAUCGAACAAUGGUAAAGCCACUUGCAUAUGAGUUUAAACUCAGAAAACACCAUAUUCUCAGCCAAGAAAUAGAUCAAAUUCGUCAUCUUCAUCAAGUCCAUGGAAGAAAGUUUCAAAGUGUGAUAUCUUCUUCGUUUGAGGUCCGAUUGAGGCGAUUCUUGCGGCCACGGAACGGGGACGGAAAGCUCUACACAUAUACACCUAUAAAUCAAGGUUAUUGUGAGCUUGUGUUAAGGAGUUUGAUGGUGAUUCUUGGAGCUAGAACCAUUUGGUUUGAUGAACAAUCAAGACUUGACGAGGCGACUACAAAUGGAACCCGGAAUUUACAGAACGCGACAUCGCUUAGCUAGUAUCAGAGAUUAUGGAUAGCAAUCAGUGAGUAUAUUUUACUCACUCUUAUUAUCGUAUUAAAAAUUAUUUUAUAUAUACUAUAUAUUAUUAUUAUUAUUAAAUGCAUCGCAUUAGUUAUUUGAGUUGAAUUGUUUGAUUUGGAUUGUUGGUAUAUGAUUGAAUUAUAUUCAAUUUGUUUGUUUAUGGAGUGAACUACAUUGUAUUGGAUUGACUUGUUUGAUAUAUGAAUUGUAUUACUUUACUUAUGACUUGUCAAUUAUUUGCCAAUGUGAGUUUGUAUAUGAUCCGAAGAAACGAGCUACCUAUUGGGCGUCAAUAGGCCGUGUGAUCACCGGUGUUUAUGAAAGUCUAGAUAUUCGUACAUAGAUACGUUGAUAUGA